AUGAAUGUUAGACCCCUCUACCCAAUUGCUGGAACAAUAAGCUCUCGUUCUGAUGAUGGAAGCUCUCCUGCAAUUUCACUUCCACAAUCCUUUAACUAUUUCGGACAGCCUUACUCUCAGAUUUAUGUGAACCACAACGGACAUCUGACCUUUGAUGCACCAUGGUCAAGUUUUUCUCCUCAACAAUUUCCGAUGUAUGGAACCAGAGACAUCAUUGCUCCGUUCUGGACGGAUUUAGACAACAGAGCCAAUGGUGAUAUCUACUAUGUUCAGUACACCAACGGCUCUCUUCUCCAACAAGUUACACAGGACAUCAAUAGAUACUUCUCAGCUCUUAACUUUCAGGCCAACUGGAUCUUCAUAGCAACAUGGCAUGAAGUUGCAUAUUAUCCAACAACUGGAACAAGAACAACCUUUCAGGCAGUCUUGACUACCAAUGGUCGUUAUUCAUUUGUUCUGAUGAAUUAUGGAUCAAUAGCCUCCACAUCAAGAUCUGUACAGGCCGGAUAUGAUACAAAAAAUUCCUCUCACCACAUCAACAUCCCUGGAUCACUCUCUAAUAAUGCAACAGGACCUAACUCAACUUUUAGGCUCAACAGCAACGUCAACGUACCCGGUCGCUGGGCAUUUCGAGUAGAUCAUGGUUCAAGAGGUUGCACUUUUAAUGGUAGGAGAACAUAG